AUGCGCUUCUCACUUGAAAUCUGGUACCGGAACUUUCUCCCCGAGUCUCCAAGAUGGCAAAUAACCAAAGGCAAGAACAAAUUAGCAAAGACAACAAUACUGAAACUUGCCAAAUGCAACAAGGUUGAAAUGUCUGAAGAAACGGUGGAGAGCGUAACGUGUGUUGACGAACCAACAGAGCGCUUCUGGGAGCUGCUGAAAUCCCCCAUCAUGAGGAGGAGGAUGGCAGUGAUUUGUUUUAACUGGUUUGCGAUCGGAAUGGGUUUCUAUGGCCUCAGCAUGAACCUCACCAACCUCUCUGGCAACGUCUACCUAAACUUCUUCCUGUUUAUUGUGGUAGAAGCGUGUUCCUAUGCUCUCUGUGCGCUCCUCAUCAGCCGGAUUGGUCGGAGGAAGAUGUUGAGUGGAACUAUGUUGAUGGCAGGAACUGCAUGUAUUGCCGCUUUCAUUCCCUUCUUUGUCGAGAAAACACCUAACAAGUGGAUCAUCACAGCCCUGGCCUGUUUUGGAAACAGUUGCGUAUCAGCUGCCUUCGCCACCGUUUACGUCUUCACAGCGGAAGUGGUACCGACGACGACGAGGAAUUUCGGCAUGGGGCUAGGCUCGGUAUUCUGCAGAUGUGGUAGUAUGUUGUCACCAUACAUCAAUGAUCUGACAAUGCACAUCAGUGGCAAGUACAGUCAGAUUCUGCCCAUGUUGAUAUUCGGGGGAAUGACCACGCUUGCCGGACUCUUAGCGUUACUCCUCCCAGAAACGUUCAACAACAGACUGCCAGAAACAGUCAAGGACGCCGAGAAACUUGGAACAAAUGCUUUCGAGGAAAGGAACGCAGAUACACAAAUGCUUGCUGACACACGUUAUCAGCACACUAAACUCUAGCAGUGCAUGGUAUUGUUUGUAUCCAUCAGUCGAUGCAAGAAAAUAUCAAUAUAGUAGAACCAAUUCCAUUCUGU